AUGGGUGGUAAGCAAUUCACAUAUAGAUCCGACCAUGGUCAGAAACUUAGCAAACUAGAUCGUUUUCUAGUAUGUCGGGGCUUUAUGAAUAUUUGGCCAAACGCAGCUAUCGUGGCGUUGUCGAGUCUAAUAUCGGAUCAUAGUCCAGUUGUUUUAUCCAUUGUUCCUGUAGAUUUCGGUCCGGUUCCAAUACGGGUAUUCAACUCUUGGUUGGAAAUUUCGGGCCUCUUGGAGUAUGUUGAACAACUUAGCAGGACUUUUAAGUUUAAUGGGGCCGCGGAUGUUGGGCUCGCCACAAAACUUAGGUGGAUAAAGUACCGAGUUAGAGAUUGGGUGUCGAAUUAUAAAAAGGUACAGGAUGGCGAGUAUGUGGAGAAACUAAAGAUGCUGGAAAAUUUAGAUAUGGUGGCCGAGUCCAGGGACCUAUCUCCUGAUGAAGUGGAUCAAAGAGGGGAUUGCAAAAGAUUCAUAUUAGAGGUCGAUCGACUAAAGACAUUGGACCUAAAACAAAAAUCGAGGGUCCGUUGGGCGGUCGAUGGGGAUGAGAACACCGCCUACUUCCAUGGAGUAGUAAAUGCAAACACAACUAACAACCGAAUUAACGGGAUGUGGGUGGACGGGGCAUGGGUAACGCAUCCGUUGAUGCUAAAGGAGUAUGUGGCUAAUUUUUUUUCUGCAAAGUUUAAAGAACCAAUGACAUCGAGGCCAGAUUUAAUUUGCCACAAUAUUACGCGGUUAACCACGGAAGAGGCGGAUAAGUUGGUGGAACCGUUCACUUUAGUUGAAAUUAAAAACGCGGUGUGGGACUGUGAAGGUGAUAGAGCCCUGGGUCUAGAUGGCAUUAAUUUUAAGUUUAUAAAAUGGUGUUGGGGUGUAUUACAAUCCGAUUUUGUAAACCUUUUUUCCGAAUUCUACUAG